AUGUUCAGUAACGAUGAGCAAGCCCCUCCAAGAUACGACUUCACAGACAAGACCAUCACACCCCCAGGAAGGCCAUUGGCAGAGUCUCACCAACAUCAACUCAUAUCGAAAAAUUUCAUAAGCAAAAUCAGCUCCCCAUAUGACGGGGACCUGGUUAGUGCCUUGGUCGACCAGGACGCGGAGAAUCCCAGCUUCAUCAUCAUUGACGGGAACACAGGCGAGCUGGUACACCGAUUCAGACUGCACAAGGACUGCGGCGACUUUUCCUACCUAUCCCAUAUGAAAUCUAUGCUUGGGACAUUCUAA